UAAUAUAGAAGUUGUAGAAUGUUAGAGGUAGAGGUCUCUUAGUUUUCUUGUUUAUUUGGCGAGGUUCAGACCCGGUCGUUUUACAGCUGCUUUGAACUGGUGCUAAUAUUAAUCGUAAGAAAUGUCCGAAUUAGAUAGUAAUGGAUUGAAAAUGAAAAAUGUUGAAGCUUCAUCAUGUACAGAAAAAGAUGAUAACUUUGAAACUGAAAGUAAGGUUAGUCAAAUGGAAGGUGUCGAAUCAGUCGAAAAACGAGAAUCCAAUUCCCAGAAGAUACUUGCAUCAUCACUAUCGUCAUUUACAGUUUCAAAUUCAAACCUUCACCUACCAAUAAAUGGUUUUGCUAACAACAUGAACAUGGAAAAUAAGCUGCUUCAACAACUAACCCUCAAGAAAGUUAAGGAAAAUGCUCAGCAAUUAAGGAGCAAUUUCAUGGACCAAAUAGACUCUCAGUUGGCAGACUUCGUUGAUGAUUUUGUAUCAGAAGUUGAAGGACAGCUCCAAAUGCCAUCUCUAUACACAAAAUUUAAUACCAUACAGGACUCUAUGCACAAGAAAAUAAGAGAAAACCACCAGAUGUAAGGUUAAGACAUCAUCGUCAGCAUCUUCAUCUCCGUACAGAUGGUAACUAAUCUGGCUUCAUCAGAUCUGACAAAAAUGACUGUCUACCAGAGAAGCAGUUUGUUUCAAGGGAUUCGCUAUUGACAGAACUACUCCAGAUCAACCACAUCCAGACUAUUUACAAUAUUUUUGUUGCUUUGUUGUUAACCCUAUUCCUGAACACUUUACUAUGUGAUUUUGUGGACACUGGCAAGUUGAAUUUGGACUUUGAGAUGAUGAAGUAUGCUUUUGGUAAAAGCCAGGCUGUUUUGACAGUGUGGGUACUGAUGAAAAUCAGCCUAAUUCUCUUGGUAUUUCCUGUCUUCCACUACUGGGCUCAUAACAGGUGGCAUUUUACUUACAAAAGGAUUGUGGACUACAUAUUCUUGACGUUGUAUAUAAUCUAUCUAGUCGGACUGAUGUCUUUUCCCGUGUCUGUUAUAAUCAAGGAUGAGAUUCCUCCAGCUUCAGCUGUUAUCAUAAUGUGUGAACAAGUUCGCCUUGUCAUGAAAACUCAUGCUUUUGUUAGAGAAAAUGUACCUAGAGCCAAAAAUUAUAAACCCCACCAAGAUGGAGAAAAAGAGGACAAUACCCCAUGUCCAGAUUUUGGGAAGUUCUUGUACUUCCUUUUUGUCCCAACUCUUGUCUACAGGGAUAAUUAUCCCAGGACACCUUGUAUUAGGUGGCGCUUUGUAGCUAUGAACUUUCUCCAGGUACUGGCUUGUUUAUUCUAUGUGUACUAUAUAUUUGAGCGAUUCUGUGUACCAGCUUUCCAGAGGUUUGGGCAUGAAAGAGUUACCCCACGAGAGUUUCUGCUUGCCGUGUUCGGGUGCAUGAUGCCCGGCACCUUACUCCUUUUCAUCUCUUUCUUUGCUGUUUUACAUCUGUGGAUGAAUGCUUUUGCUGAAAUGAUGCGCUUUGGAGAUCGAAUGUUUUAUAAAGAUUGGUGGAAUUCCACGUCAUUUGCCAAUUAUUACAGAACAUGGAAUGUUGUUGUUCACGAUUGGCUGUACACCUAUGUUUACAAAGAUAUGCAUCAGGUUAUGGGAAUCAAAAGUAUGGCUCCAAUGUUUACUGUGUUCUUGCUGUCUGCUGUUAUUCAUGAGUAUAUUGUGACAUUCUCCUUCAAGUUCUUCUAUCCUGUUCUCUUUGUGCAGUUUGGAGGUUUUGGAGUGAUUUUUGUUUUCCUGACCAAUAAACGAAAAGCUCAAAGCUGGAAUAUCUUUAUGUGGUUGGCUCUUUUUGUUGGCACUGGAUUAUUGAUGUGCCUGUACAGUAUGGAGUGGUAUGCUAGAAGAAACUGUCCACCUGUUUUGGAUUCUUUUUUCGACUACAUGAUUCCUCGAUCGUGGAUGUGUAGUGCUUUUACCUUGAAGUAAACCACAACUCAAACUACAGCAAUAAGCUCCAUUGUGGAGUUUAUUUAACUAAACAUUGACCAAAAAGGGGGAAACUAAAACAGUAUUUGUUAAAAAAAAAAAAGAUCAAUCCACUGUUAUUUACAUUUUUAAUAAAUGCCAAAGGAUUUAGUGAAAGUCUAGAAUUUUUUUUUAACACUAUCUUGAUGUAGCACGUUUUGUGUAAUUGAUACAUUGUGUCUCAGAUUUGUUUUAUUGUUUUUGAUUGAUAAAUUUGAACACUGAGUUUAAAAUUGAAUACACUGUGUGUCACUUCUUACAAACUUAAAUAAAUGUUUGUUUGUGCUUCUUCACAAAGAUUCAGGUAUUAUAAAUAUAUGCAUUGUUAAUUUAUAAGCACUGUACAAAUAAGUAUCAGGUGUGACUGAAUAAUUGCUAAUUUGAUUUAGGUAUCCAUACCUUACAUUUUGCCAAUACUUUUUGAAAUUUUAAUUGAAGAUCCAAGACUAUGAUUUUUUUUCCCACAAUAAUUUCAUUAGUAAUUUUUAAACACUGUACAAAAUAGUAUUGAGUGUGAUUGAAUAUUUGCUAGUUGAUUUUCGGAAUUCGUGUUUUACGUUUUGCAAAGACUUUUUGAAACCUUGAUUGUUAAUCAUCCAUAACUUAAAAUAGAUACAUGAGAAGAGAAAGAAGUGGAACAGUGGCCAUAUUAAGGUGUAAUGUACCUUGUCUAAUAUAGAAAAUGAUUAAAUUGUUUUUUUAUUUGAAAUAAAACGUUUAUUUUUAUAGUUAUUUCAGUGAUCUAGUUUUUAAAUACACUUCAGUUAUUUUUGUAAGAUAGUUUAUUAGUUAAUGUGAGUUACCCAUGAAUUUUGUGGUUGUAAAAGUUCCUUGAAAAGUCUGAAGUUGCCGUAAAGCUGUAAAAAUGGGGCUGUUUGAUGAAAAAAACAUUCCUUAAUCGUAUGAACACAUGAACAAAACUUUGUAUUUAUCUGUCCAUAUAUUUGUAAAAAGGUUUUAGAUAAAAAGAUAAAUAAAUCAUUAGUAGUAUGUGGAAACCAGUUUCACAGUACUUGAAAAUAACAUUCACGUUCUGAUUUAUUGGAAAGUUGAAGAGUAAUAGAUUAUUUUAGUCACUUGUUAAUAAAUAGUAGUUCAAGUA